CAGAAAACGUGUUGUCUGCUCGUUGAAUGUCUAAAGCCAGAGCAUCUUAACUGGUGAUGCCUCAUCGUCCUGCACGCAGCCGAGGCAGCCAACCUAAAACCAGAAAUCUGUCCUACUACAUCUCCAAAUCCACCCGCUGGGACUGAAAGGGAUGGAGGGAGAGGGCUGUAAUUCUGGGGUAGCGAUGGACUCAGGUAACCCCUUACUGAGAGCGGUCUUCCUCCGUCGCCUGCGACUCACGCGGCUGCUCCUGGAGGGCGGGGCUUACAUCAAUGAGAGCGACAGCCAAGGCCAGACACCCCUGAUGGUGGCCUGCAGGACCCAGCACGUUGAUGCCCAGAGCGCCAGCCGGGUCAAACUGGUCCAGUUUCUCCUGGAGAAAGGAGCAGACCCCAACAUCCAGGACAAGGAAGGUCGCUCCGCACUGAUGCACGCCUGCCGGGAGCAGGCCGGCCCUGAGGUGGUGUCCCUGCUCCUGGACAGCGGAGCAGACAUUAGCCUGGAGGAUCAGUCUGGGACGUCAGCGUUGGUCUACACAGUCAUGGCUGGAGACCUGAAGGUCCUGAAGCUGUUGCUUGACACUUGCAAGGCCAAGGGGAAGGAGGUGAUCUUCAUAAUGACUGACAAAUUCCCAUGUGGGAAACUGCAAGCCAAGCAGUACCUCAGCAUGCCUCCCCUUGAUCCUCUCGAUCAGACGGACAAAAUGACAUCGGCAGCUCCUGCAUCGCCCUCUGAAAUCCAGCUCAUCACCUCCCCCCAGCACACCUCCUCUUCCUUGUGUCCCCCGAAGCCUGUCUUCUCCUUCAAAGAUGCCCAUUCCUGUGGCGUAAGCUCCCAUCCAUGUUCCCCAUCGCGGUUUCGUGGGCUCGGCCAAGUGGCGGCAAACGGACUGCAGCAGCCCCUCCUGAGGCUGAACUCUGAGCCCUGGCUAAAGAUCCCAGCUUCUCUGCUCACCAAGCAGCCUCAUGCAGCCUCAUCUUCACAAAAUGACCAAGACCUCAACCGGAUCGAGGACCUCUCGCUUAGAGUUCCCAAACUGAACGGCGACAACUGCACAAAUUCAGACAGCUUCAAGUGGUAUGAAAGAAGACUAGCAAGGGAUAAGGGAAUAGAAAGAGAUGGUAAGAAUGAUUGUGUCAAACAUGCAGGACAAAAGGUAUCUUUACCAGGUCUCUUCUCAUCUCACUCUGCCUCCCAUCCCAACCUCCAUUCUGAAAACCUUGGAACUGAUUCAGUCUCCUCCUCCUCCUCCCUGUCUGGUGGCAAAAACCAUGGCACUCCACUUCACAGCAUGGCCUCGUCAAGCCUUCAUAGCAUCAUCCAGAGGCGCAAACUGGGCGCAGACAUCUACAGCUCUGACCCCCAGCUCGCUGUAGACAUCCAAAAUCUCCACGAAGAGCAGAGAGCAAGAGACCCAACAGACGGCAAGAAGCUGGCCCCGCUACGUUGCUCCAGCACACUGGGCUCCAGGGAGUCAGCGGCAGCCUCUGGCCCGAGCAGGAGAGUGCUGUCGGGGUACGAGCGCAGAGGCUCUGGAGCCUUCUUGUUGGACCACAACUCCCAGGCCAGACCUCGGUCUCUGCCACCCCUGGCCCUCAACUCCACCAACGCUCCCAUCCUUAAUGUUUACAACUUUGGCUCCGGUGCUGGGGGUGGCUCCUCUGAGAAAGAGUCCGGCCUAAAAACCUUCCUUCCCUCUGCCCCUCCCGGGCACCCGAAGGAGCUGACCAGGAGGAUGCUGCUGAGGAGACACUCAAUGCAGACGGAACAGUUCAAAACCACAGCCUGAAAUUUGGCUGAAAGGAAAGUUCAUCAGCGUGUCUUAAUGUGAAAUGUGUUGUCAUGUGACGUAGUCUGUGUAGUGAAAUUCAACGAGGGAAACCAAAGAGGAUUUACAGCAAAAGAAAAACUAAGGUGGACGUAACAGCAUACAAACUGUGGUUACCUUCCUCUGCUUCAGUGUGCUGUGUGUUGUCGCUGUGCAUGUAGCUUCGGUGUGUUAGUUUUUGUGUGUAACUCUACCUUAAAGCUCGUCCUUAAAGCUACAUAAAGAUUUUUUUGGGGCAGAAAAAGCUGAAAACACUUUUAAACACGUUAUCAAGCAAACAGCUGCCACAUGGAGCAGAUUCAGAGCAGCAUUCAUGUGGGGAGUUUCAGUCCUCACUGUCCUUUUGGUCACUCUGAUGGAACAUUCUUAUCAUAGUUAUCAAAACAUCGGAGACUGUGAGCAUUUCUGAGUGAGGACGUUUGUCGUGCAGCUGAAAAGAUCUGAACAUUUAACAAAACAGGACUAAAUUGAAUUUUUGAAGACAGUUCAGGGUCAGUCCAGACUUUGUUAAACCGGCUUUCUGGAACAGGCUCCUCUGGAGUCACCCUGUAAACAAACAAAAGCUUGGAUUUAGUUUUACUCACCAAAACACUCUGUGUGAACCCUGGAGGCCUGACACAUGUUUGCUAGCAGUCUUCUUCUUCUUCUUCACUGCUUUUCAUGGUGUGUUUGCCAACUCUCUGAGGAACAGUGUGAACCUACUGGCAGGAGUGUGUAUUGCAAGCACUCGUGUACAAGCACACGUGUGACACACAUGCAUGAGAACCAACACGAUGGGCUCAUGAAAAAGCUUCUCCAUAGUCAAGAACUCCACAGGGGAUCUUUGAUUAAAAAAAUGAUUGUUUAAUGCAGCUUUAAAAUCACUGAGUAGAAUUUGAAAAUAUGCAACUAUGGUGCCCCCCAGUGGCAGAAUUAGAGAAGACCACGAUGCACACAGCUUCAGUUUCUCAGACCAUCAGAGCAGUUUGAAAAAUGCUUUUCACAGUUACUACUUACUUAAGGAGUCUCACAUGUAUGU